AUGCAUGAAGAAAUGCAACUUGACGUGAGGGAAUCUACUGGAACAACCUCGGUACGAGAAGAAACCGGAAUUGAAUCAACUUCAAACGAAGACAACGCGUUACCAACAUCAUUUCAUAGUUCUAGUAUAAUAGAUCGGAAAAGUAAAUUCGUAGCACAUGCAAAAAAAGUUACAACCAAGGAAGAAGCUGAAGCAUUUUGGAGGAAAAUACAAUCAACUGAAAAGGGAGCGACACAUAAUGUAUUAGCUUAUCGUAUACAGUCAGCCGACGGACCUUUCAUAGAAGAAUAUCACGAUGAUGGAGAAACUUAUGCAGGAAAUCGUGUAUUGACGUUAUUGAAAACAAUAGAUGCAAAGAAUGUUGUAGUAGUUGUUACAAGGUGGUUUGGAGGGCAGUUGUUAGGUCCGAUUAGAUUUGAGCAUAUACUUAAAUGUUCAAGGGAAGUUUUAGAUAAGGGAUUAUUUAUUAAUACGACUAAAUCUUCCGUAACGAUUAAUAAACGUGCUGGAUAUACUACUAAUUCGAUUAUUGUUAAUGGAUGCCAGAGAGGAAAUCCUAUAUUACAAUUUAUACGAAAUGUGCCUUGGGAAUUUGGUGAUAUUGUUCCUGAUUAUGUAGUGGGUCAAACAACUUGUGCUUUAUUCUUAAGUCUUAGAUAUCACCGACUUCAUCCUGAAUAUAUUUAUAAUAGAAUAGAUAAAUUGGUAAAUUCUUAUGUACUAAGAAUUUUACUAGUUCUCGUUGACACUGAUAGUCAUAAAGAAUCUAUACGAGAACUCACGAAAAUAUGUGUUAUAAAUAAUUUUACAAUGAUAUUAUCGUGGAGUUCAGAGGAAGCUGGUAGGUAUUUAGAAACUUAUAAGGCAUUUGAACAUAAAUCACCUGAUUUGAUUAUGGAAAAAAUUGAAAACAAUUAUUUAUCAAAGUUAAUACAUUGUAUGACCCAUAUUAGAUCUGUUAAUAAAAUAGAUGUAGUUACCCUUGCAUCCACAUUUGGGUCUUUAAAAGGUAUUAUGAAAGCUGCACCAGAAGAUAUGUCAAUUUGUCCCGGAAUUGGUCAAAAGAAUACAAGAAACUUUUGA